UUUGCAAAUUGUCGGAAACUGAGUCGUGAUCAUCCGGUCCAGCCGUGGGUGGAUAGCCUUCCCUAUUUACCUUCCCCUCCACUGAGAUUAUAGUCGUGCCAGCUUGCCGAGUGGCUCCGUAGACGACGGUGUUUCGCGGGUAACGUCUCGCUUGUUUCUCGACAGUUUGAAAAGAAACACGGCUAGGACUCCGGGGAAAUCCCCCGAGUGAUUGGCCGAAGAACGACCGUCUUUUCCAGGCUAAGCUAACAGAAGCACGGCAUUACGGGUGGGGGAGGAUUUUUUAAUAUUUCGGCCCUCGGGAAGCUAAUAUAAAUAACAGGCGUGGGUUGUGAAACAAUGACAAGCGCAGAAAGUAUACCUAAGCGAGGCGAGGUUAUCGGAGGGGAAGACAUGUCAGUGGACGAAUAUCGGUUUAACGUUCAAUAAAGAGGUGUAAAGUAUAUCAGCUAAUGGAAGCUAGUCGCUAAAUUGAUCAAGGAAGUUGACUAGCCACCUUGCUAACUCGGCGACAAAUGUAUUACUGGACCAAGGGUCGCCUGAAACUCUGAGUUAUUCAUAUGUUUAACAUAUUCACAUAGUGGUGAUGACCUUUUUUAAAGCCGGAAUUAAUACAAGUCACACAUUUCUGUGGGCUUUUAAAAAAACUAAAACGCGUCAGCUGGUUUACUGUUGGCUAGUGAUUCAUAGCUUGUUGUAAACAAAGGGUCCCCAGCUCCACCUGUCAACAGGCGCUACACCUCGAGGUAUCGUUGACCCAUUGUGUCACGGACAUCGCUACCUUUUUAUUGCACUGUGACACUAACCCUCAGAAAUGGAUUUAAAGACGGCAGUAUUUAACGCAGCCAGGGACGGUAAGCUCCGGCUGCUUCAGAAACUGUUGGAGAACAAAGAUGGACACGAGGUUACUAAGUUGAUGGGCGAUAAAACAAACGGGGCCACCCCGCUGCUCAUGGCCUCACGGUACGGCCACCUGGACUUGGUAGAGUACCUGCUGGAGUGCUGCAGCGCUCCUGUGGAGGUCGGGGGGUCCGUGAACUUUGACGGGGAGACCAUCGAGGGAGCGCCCCCUCUCUGGGCCGCCUCGGCCGCUGGUCACCUGAAGGUGGUCCAGUCCCUGUUGGGCCACGGAGCUUCUGUCAACAGCACCACCCUGACCAACUCUACACCCCUGAGGGCAGCCUGCUUCGACGGUCACUUGGACAUUGUGAAAUACCUGGUGGAGCACAAAGCUGACCUGGAGGUGGCCAACAGACACGGCCACACGUGUCUAAUGAUUUCCUGCUACAAAGGACACAAGGAGAUAGCUCAGUACCUGCUGGAGAGAGGAGCAGAUGUCAACAGGAAGAGUGUCAAAGGCAACACGGCGCUCCAUGACUGUGCGGAGUCGGGCAGUCUGGAGAUCAUGCGGAUGUUGCUGCAGUUUGGAGCGUCCAUGGAGCAGGACGGCUACGGUAUGACGCCCCUGCUCUCCGCCAGCGUCACAGGGCACACUAACAUCGUAGACGACCUGACGAUGCACCAGCAGACGAGCCCAACAGAGCGCAUUGAUGCCCUGGAGCUCUUGGGAGCCACAUUCGUUGACAAGAAGAGAGAUCUGCUCGGAGCUUUAAAAUACUGGAAGAGAGCCAUGGACCUCAGGCACCUCGACAGUCACUGCAUUGUCUGUAAACCCGAACCAAAGCAGCUGAUCAUGGCAUACGACUAUGCCAGAGAGGUAACAAACGGAGAAGAGCUGGACGGACUUAUAUCUGAUCCGGAUGAGAUGCGCAUGCAGGCACUGCUCAUCCGUGAAAGAAUCCUCGGCCCACAACACCCCGACACGUCUUACUACAUCCGGUACAGAGGGGCUGUUUAUGCGGACUCUGGGAACUUUGAGCGUUGUAUCAAUCUGUGGAAGUAUGCUUUGGACAUGCAGCAGAGCAACCUGGACCCGCUGAGCCCCAUGACGGCCUCCAGCCUGCUGUCCUUCGCUGAGCUCUUCUCCUUCAUGCUGCAGGACCGAGCCAAAGGUCUCUUGGGGACAUCUGUGUCAUUUGAGGACUUGAUGGGGAUCCUUUCCAAGAGUGUGUUGGAGAUUGAGCGGGCAGUUAAACAAAAUGGUCCGAUGCCUCCUGACCCUGCACAGCUCAGCAAGGCCCUGUCAAUCAUCUUGCACCUCAUUUGUCUUUUGGAGAAGGUGCCCUGUACCGCAGAGCAGGACCACUUCAAGAAGGAAACCAUAUAUAAAUUCCUGAAGCUCCAGCCGUGUGGUAAGAACGGCUACAGCCCUCUACACCUGGCAGUCGACCGCAACACCACCUGUGUGGGCCGCUACCCCGUCUGCAAGUUCCCCUCCCUCACUGUCGCCUCCAUCCUCCUCGAGUGUGGGGCAGACGUGGACUGCCGCGAUGAAGAUGACAACAGCCCACUUCACAUAGCCGCAUCCAACGGCCAUCCUGACAUCAUGAACCUGCUGAUAUCCUGCGGGACUCACUUUGACAGCACCAACGCCUUCCAACAGACAGCCUGCGACCUCCUGGACGAGAAGGAGCUUUCCAGGAAUAUAAUCCAGCCCAUAAACCACACCACACUUCAGUGCCUAGCCGCCAGGGCCAUCGUCAAGCACAGCCUCAGUUACCGGGGGAACAUCCCUGAGAAACUAGAGGCCUUUGUCUUGCUCCACAGAUAAUGAUGAUGGUGAAGAAGAGGAGGGGAAUGGUUGGAUUAAAACAGGAGGGGGUGUGAUCACAUGACAUGGAGCUGACAGACUGAGGAGCACUAUAGUUCAAGGCCUGUUUGAUGAGCUGAAAGACACCAUUUUGUAGGUUUGCAAAUUCAAACCAUUUUUAAAGUAUGAAUUUGGAAGAUUUGCGUGCAACCAAAAUGUCCUCAUUCAACCAGGAUAAAAGUGAGAAGUGAUCGGAGUAAACCGAGGAAUGAUUUACUACUCCGUUCCUCCGCUUGCUCUCUCAUGGAGCCGCGGCUCGGACUGGUCACAGCCUGAUCUGUGGGGAUGUAUUACGAGUUGUUUGCGACAUGGACAAUUGUAUCUCCGGAUGAUUUAAGCAAGGGGUUUAGAAAAAAGAUUUUUUUUUUUGCAUAUUACACUAUGCUAUUUAUUGAAUGAAACUUGAGAGAUUUUUCUCCAUGCUGGUUCCAACCCAGCCUCAACUUUGCCUGCUUCUCUCUUCUCAAAGCAAAGACUGAGGCGUUUCUACAUAUGCUGGGACUUCAGGUUAUUUUUUGUUUGUCCCAUCACUGUUGCCAACAGUCAUGGACCCUUCCUCAGUCAUCAUUAUUUUCUUUUGUACUUUUACAUUUAGUUAUUGUCAUGUAACUCUGGAUACCUGCCAAGUGGUGUGGAUCCUGGACUCAUUUGUCACUAGUGUAUAACAAAGCUUUACAAGAAGGGUUUAAUGUCUGCGAACACCAUAAGUGCUUUAUUCUUCCUAUGCACAGGCUAGGCUGUUGGAGAGAGACUGUUGUAUGCUGUGCCGGCACUUGUCUGUGCAAUAUCUCAUGAGUUUUUGUGUUUACCUCAUUGCUGCCGUUUCUUUCAGUAUCCCCUUACUUCCACCAGAGAAAGAAGGGGGGUGCAACACCAUUGUACUGACUGUUGUAAGAAGAGUGAAUGGAUUUGAGUGAUCGUGUUUUUUUGUAUGUGUGUGAGUGCCACGCAGUGUGUUUCUUGUAUGCAGAGUUUUUGAGCUUACACAAAUGAUUGAGGACUAGAGUUUGGUGGAGUGGCACUCAUGGAGAUUCCAUAAUGCACAUGACUGCCACUAAAAACCACAGUGGCCAAACUGGCCGGAGUGUGCAGGCUUGUACCCAGAAGUGACCUCUUAACGUUCAUACACGGCCGACCUUUAAAUGCCAUCAUUCUUUAAAAAAAAUCGUGAUCAAAAAGAAAACAAAUCUAGGUAGGAUACCAACAUUGGCCCACUGUGCAUGUGCAGCAGCAUAUCAACCAAUCACUCCAGAAAACCUUUUGUGAGGACUAGACUACAGCGGGGAGAGUUCUUCUCAUUUGGUACAACCGUCGUCCAAUUCCAUAAGAAGUGAAGACACAAAUGUGUGGGAGGGCGCCUGACGUACAGAAUAGUAAAGCUUUGUGAAUUAUCUUGUUUGCACAUUAGCUUUAGAUGUGUGGGUUGAAAAAAAGGGCUUUUCAUAAUUCAUAGGAUUUCACAUUGCAGUCUAUUUAACCUGACAGUUCAAUCCCAGACAUAGAAAAUGAAUGAGGACUCCCAGGGCAACUUCAUUUGAAUCUGCACUUUACUACCGCGGAGUUUAAGAUUUGAUAUGGCAUUAAUCAAGUUCAUGUCUUAAUAACCAGUUUGACAAUAAACCCAUGUUGCACUUGU